ACGUGGUUCCUCCGGCCGCGCUGCCGGUCCCGUCCCCGCCGCACCGGGCGAUUUAUGAGGAAUCAAAGAUGAACUUGGAGCAGGAGAGGCCUUUUGUCUGCAGUGCCCCAGGCUGCUCACAGCGUUUUCCAACAGAGGAUCAUCUGAUGAUUCACAGGCACAAACAUGAAAUGACUUUGAAGUUUCCUUCAAUAAAAACAGAUAAUAUGUUAUCAGAUCAGACUCCUACCCCAACUCGCUUUCUGAAGAACUGUGAGGAAGUUGGUCUCUUCAACGACAUUGACUGCUCCCUGGAGCACGAGUUCAGGAAGGCACAAGAAGAAGAGAACAACAAAAGGAAUAUCUCCAUGCAUAACACAGUUGGAGGAGCAAUGGCAGGACCUGGAUCCCACCAGCUGACAAACACAAGGAUGCCAAACCACGACACCAGUGUUGUGAUUCAGCAAGCCAUGCCAUCUCCACAGUCCAGCUCUGUCAUCACUCAAGCACCUUCCACAAAUCGGCAGAUUGGGCCUGUCCCAGGUUCUCUGUCUUCGCUGCUGCACCUACACAACCGGCAGAGACAGCCCAUGCCUGCCUCCAUGCCCGGCACCCUGCCCAACCCCACCAUGCCCGGAUCCUCCGCUGUCCUCAUGCCUAUGGAGCGACAAAUGUCAAUGAACUCCAACAUCAUGGGGAUGCAAGGGCCGAACCUCAAUAACCCAUGUGCUUCACCUCAAGUUCCCCCAAUGCAUUCAGAGGCCAAAAUGAGAUUGAAGGCAGCACUGACCCAUCAUCCUGCCGCCAUGUCGAACGGGAACAUGAACACCAUGGGCCACAUGAUGGAAAUGAUGAGCUCGCGGCAGGACCAGACACCGCACCAUCAUAUGCACUCACACCCUCAUCAGCACCAGACACUGCCACCUCACCACUCAUACCCACACCAGCACCAGCAUCCGGCGCACCAUCCUCAUCCUCAGCCUCACCACCAGCAGAACCACCCCCACCACCACUCCCACUCGCACCUUCACGCGCACCCGGCGCACCACCAGACCUCACCGCACCCCCCGCUGCACUCGGGAGGACAAGCACAGGUUUCGCCGGCGGCGCAGCAGAUGCAGCCCACGCAGACGGUACAGCCGCCGCAGCCGACCGGAGGCCGCCGCAGGAGGGUGGUGGACGAAGACCCAGAUGAGAGGAGGCGGAAAUUUCUGGAAAGGAACCGAGCCGCUGCCACGCGCUGCAGACAGAAGAGGAAGGUCUGGGUGAUGUCACUGGAAAAGAAAGCAGAAGAGCUCACCCAGACAAACAUGCAGCUUCAGAACGAGGUUUCCAUGCUGAAAAAUGAGGUAGCACAGCUGAAACAGUUAUUGUUAACACAUAAAGACUGUCCGAUAACAGCUAUGCAGAAAGAAUCACAAGGAUAUCUAAGUCCUGAGAGCAGCCCUCCUGCAAGCCCGGUCCCAGCUUGCUCCCAGCAGCAAGUCAUCCAGCACAACACCAUAACAACCUCCUCCUCCGUCAGCGACGUCGUGGGAAGCUCCACUCUCACCCAGCUCGCCAGCCACAGAACAGACAUCAACCCCAUCCUCUAAAGGUGGCUGAUCAGAAACUGCUGGGGGAGUGUGGUACCGUAUCAAAGCGUCCUCUCUGCUAAGGACAUUUGCAACCGUAACUCAAGCCUGGAAGAUUCCUCAGUUCUUGAAAGACUCUGCCUGUUCAUUUUUAUAGUUAUUAAAAUGUCUUUUAUACUUAGUUACAUAAAAGGGAGUUACGCAAUUAAUAUGCUAUCAGCUUGAGAAAUGCUUUGGUGCUUUCUCCAUUUUUUUUGGUACCAGUUACUUGUUUAUAAACCUAACUGUUUCUGUACAUAGUCAUGUUUCCUUCUCACCAGUCUAGCCUGCAGCCUCAGAAAUACAAAGUUGUGUUAAACUGCAGCUUGUUAGCCUACGUGAGGCAUGAAAAGUAUUAAACAGAGUCAAACAUAGGUAACUAGGAGUAAUUAGGCUAUAAAUAUAGAGCGAGGGCAUCUGCUGACAGCAUAAUAAAAAAGAGUUAGCGUUGUGCUAUCAGCAGACCACGUCUUGCAUUCAGAGCCUCUUUCAGAGCAGUUAUAUAGGAUGUGGCUUCAGGACAAAAUCAAGCCCAAAUAGCGUGCUCUUUUGUCUAACCCUCCCCCUUCUCCUCUCUCUCCUACCCUGGCCUUUUUCUCCUCCAGUUAUUCUCACACCUUCCUUUUCCCUUCCCUUUUCAUUUCCCAGAUUUUUUUUUUUUUUUUUUUUUUUUUUUCCCAUUCCAAGGCUUUCCCACUUCUCUCUUUUUCUCAAAGAAUGGUAAUGAACAAGAAAAACUUCAAGCCCACCUAAAAACUGUCGGCACGGCUGCUGCUUUCACUAGCUCAUCACCCGCAGUUGGGCUGCGCCAAGCAUUUGGCUUUUAAAAAAUACAAAUGCUCCUGAUUUAGUGUUUUUAAUAAAUAGGGAAAGGUGAAAACAGCGCAGCCACAGGUGAAACAGGAUGGUGAGCCAGCUGUGUUGACGCUAGCAACCCUGUAAGCUUCUGUGGUGCAGUAGAGGCAUAGCAAGCAACACCUGAGAGUCACAGCAAUUUUUUGCACUGCCAGUCAUUAAUGUAGGAAAAUCCAUGUAGUGUAUAAUAAUUCUGUUCCCCAACCUGGCUGCGUUGUUCCAGCAACGAAAGCUAACAGCCUCAGGCUUCAUGGGCUAUAAAUGAGAAAUAAAUCAGUGUAAUGAUUCUGA